AUGUUGACGGUUGAGAAGCAGUGGAUUAAUGUGCAGCAAAAGACCUUCACCAAAUGGCUGAAUGACAAGCUGAAGGCACGGAGCCUGUCCAUCGAGGACUUGGUCACUGACCUCUCCGACGGCGUCAUUCUCAUUCACCUCCUUGAAAUCCUAGGAGGAGAGUCCCUCGGUCGAUAUGCCUCGAAACCCAAAUUGCGCGUACAGCGCUUCGAAAAUGUGAACAAGAGUCUAGACUUUAUCAAGGGGAGAAGGAUCCAGAUGACGAACAUUGGAGCAGAGGAUAUCGUUGAUGGUAAUCAAAAGAUCAUCUUAGGUUUGAUCUGGACCCUGAUUUUGCGAUUUACCAUCAGUGACAUCAACGAGGAGGGCAUGACUGCAAAGGAAGGAUUGCUACUCUGGUGUCAACGAAAGACGGCAUGCUACGAUGAUGUAGAGGUCCGAGACUUCUCAUCCAGCUGGAACAACGGUUUGGCCUUCUGUGCCCUCCUCGACAUCCAUCGACCGGACCUGAUCGACUACGACUCGUUAGACAAGAGUGAUCACCGUGGAAAUAUGAAGCUGGCCUUCGAGAUCGCAUCCAACGAAAUCGGCAUCCCGGACCUGCUUGACGUGGACGAUAGGGUUGAGAAUGCCGGGCGACGAGUGGAGAAAUUUGUCAACAACAUGCACGGUGCAUGGGAUAUGCAGAACUCAUAUGAGCGCCGAGUAAAGGAACUAUUGCGACUUAUUCGCGGCCAGCGCGAGCACUGGAAGAACUCCUCGUUCGAGGGGACAUACAAAGACGCCAAAGAACAAUUGUAUCAGUUCUCGCUCUACAAGCGGAACGAGAAACGUCAAUGGGUGGCCGAGAAAUCUGAUCUAGCUGCUUUGCUAGGCAAUAUCAAAACCAAGUUAGGUACAUAUCGACUGCGUCCUUACGAUCCACCGCAAGAACUGAGUCCCGAAAACUGCGACAAAGAGUGGGAGAUCCUUACCCGGGAGGAGCACGAACGCAGUCAACUCAUAAACGAAACAAUCCGUGACAUCAAGAACAAACUGCGGCGCUCCUUUGCUGACAAGGCAAAUGACUUUGCACUGACCCUGAAGACCCUGUCAUUGGCGAUCUCCGGACUGGAUGGCGAUGUUGAGGACCAGCUUGAUCAUGUUCAAAAGUUAAAUGGCAACUUGCCGCCACUUGACGCCUUUCUCGACACUAUCGCAGAAUUGGACCAACAGUGUGCGGAGGCCAAUAUUGAAGAAAACGACUUCACCACAUACACCCUGGACGAGCUUGCGUAUGAGCUGAGUCUCGUCAAAUCCAGCAUUUCAAAGAAGCUGGCAUUCCUCGACAACCAGAUGGUUGCUCGCAACAUGACCAAUCUGACCCCUAUCCAAUUGGAAGAGUUUGAAUCGGUAUUCCGUCAUUUCGAUCGCGACUCUUCUAACACGCUCCAGGAGCUCGAGUUUUCCGCAGCACUGGCCAGUCUGGGACUGGUCUACGACGAGGACGAGAUGCACCAAGUCUACGUGGAGGUUUGCGGGGUCAACCGACUGUCACAGAAUGCUGGAGUUAGCUUCGAGCAGUUUAUUCGCUUUAUGGUCAGCGUGACAGAGGAUCAAAAUACUGCCGAACAGGUCUUCCAAAGUUUCAAGGAAGUUGCCGAUGGCAAGCCCUAUGUCACAGAACUGGACCUCCGACACUCGCUCAUUCCAGACGAUGUUAUUGAGCAUUUAGUUAAGACGAUGCCCACACACGAUGGUCCCGAUUUACUCGAGGAUCGGGACUUGGCCAAGUACGACUACAUUAGCUUCAUGGAGAAGAUGCGAGAAGUAAACAAAAAUAAUGGGAGUGAGCAAUAA